GAUCCAGACAACCGGAAGAGAGCAGCCCUAGUAUUUAAACGGAAAAGCCCUACCUAAACCCUCACUCUUCCUCCCGCAGUGGAAGCUCAAACCACCUGCCCUCCGUGCGCCUCCCUCCACCCCCUCUUUGUUCAGAAUGCCGCUGGGAGAAAAGUCAUGGGACAAGAGCGAAUCGAGGUACUCCGGGGUGGAGACUGAUUUCCACGAUGACAUGCCUCGCCUCCUGGCUUUCAAUUUGGCCACCGGCGGCUUCGAUUUCGUCGUUUCUCCAUUGAUGGAUCCUACGUAUAGGCCUAGCUUAGCAGAAAAUGAAACUAGCGGAUCUGGUUUUUUGCCAUUUGCUGGUUCUGAUUUAGUUUUGAGUCCUUCUCAAUGGGGCAGUCAUGUUGUAGGAAAAGUUAGCUCUUGGAUUGACCUGGAUUCUGAGGAUGAUGUACUUCGCAAGGAUUCUGAAAUUACUCUGAGGCAAGAAAUAGCUUGGGCAGCUCAUCUCUCAUUACAGGCAUGUCUUCUUCCUACCCCGAAGGGAGCGUCUUGUGCUAAUUAUGCUAGAUGUGUGAAUCAGAUUCUGCAGAGCUUAAACAACUUGCAGUUGUGGCUUAGGAUUCCAUUGGAGAAGUAUGACGAUGAUAAUGUGGGUGGGGAUUUGGAGCAUUUGAAUGGACAGAGUGAUUCUUGGGAGCAGUGGAAUUCAUUUCGUCUUCUCUGUGAACAUCACAAUCACCUUUCUGUUGCCCUUGAUAUUUUUAGUUCAUUACCUUCAGCAAACUCAUUUGGGCGCUGGUUUGGAGAGUCCGUCAGAGCAGCUAUAAUUCAUACCGAUUCCUUUCUAACAAAUGCACGGGGAUAUCCAUGUCUGUCAAAGCGCCAUCAGAAGCUAGUAACUUCUUUUUUGAACCAUUCAGUACAGAUCGUGAUCUCUGGAAAACUGGUACACUGUCUUCCUGAGGGAAGUUUGGAUUUAGAUUCAAAUCACACUGAUAAUCACGUUGAGGGCAUGCAGAGACACCCCUUGCGGCCAUAUUUGGACUAUAUUGCAUAUCUCUAUCAGAGGAUGGAUCCACUUCCUGAGCAGGAGCGCUUUGAGCUUGGUUACAGGGACUUCUUACAGUCUCCUUUGCAACCACUCAUGGAUAACCUAGAGGCACAAACGUACGAGACAUUUGAAAAAGAUACAGUGAAGUAUACCCAGUACCAAAGGGCCAUAUCUAAAGCUUUGCUGGACAGAGUUCCUGAUGAAAUGGCGUCCUCAAUAAAGACUGUUCUGAUGGUUGUGGGAGCAGGGCGUGGGCCUCUUGUUAGAGCUUCAUUGCAGGCAGCUGAGGAAACUGGACGGAAAUUGAAAGUUUAUGCCGUGGAGAAAAACCCAAAUGCAGUAGUUACUCUUCAUAGCUUGGUUAAACUGGAGGGAUGGGAAAACACUGUUACUGUAGUUUCUAGUGACAUGCGUUGCUGGGAAGCUGAUGAGAAAGCUGACAUUUUGGUUAGUGAACUGCUGGGUUCUUUUGGUGAUAACGAACUGUCUCCGGAGUGCCUUGAUGGAGCUCAAAGAUUUCUAAAGGAAGACGGGAUUUCGAUUCCAUCAUCGUACACAAGUUUCGUCCAACCGGUGACAGCAUCAAAGCUAUAUAAUGAUGUUAAGUCACAUAAAGAUCUCGUGCACUUUGAAACUGCUUAUGUUGUCAAACUGCACAGGGUAGCAAGGCUUGCUCCUUCCCAGCCAGUCUUUACAUUUACUCAUCCAGACUACUCAGCUAAGAAAAGCAAUGAGCGUUAUAAAAAGCUGCAGUUUGAGGUACCUGGUGACACUGGGUCAGCCAUGGUGCAUGGAUUUGCCGGCUACUUCGAUGCUACACUUUACAAAGAUGUACAUCUGGGUAUCGAACCUUCAAUGGCAACCCCAAACAUGUUCAGCUGGUUUGCAAUUUUCUUCCCACUGAGGACACCAGUGUGUAUCCGACCCGGCUCUCCUUUAGAAGUUCACUUCUGGCGGUGCUGUGGUGCUACAAAGGUUUGGUAUGAAUGGUGUGUCUCAUCUCCCAGCCCAUCACCCAUACACAACACCAACGGUCGUUCGCAUUGGGUUGGCCUGUAGAUUACUCCCAAUUUUGUGCAUUUGUGGACUGUCGCAAACGAAAGCAGGAAAAGCAACUGCACUGUCCAGGGCAAGAAGAAAGGCUGAGUUGGAUUGCUCUCUGUUGUAAAUUGUUAGCAAGUAAAACAUUAUUAUUAUUUUUUUCCCAAAACAAAAUAUAUCCAUGCUAAUGGUGAAACCCAAGCUGGCCAGAGAGCUUAGUGUUUUCAAAAAAGAAAAUGCAAAUUAAACCCCUUGGGAAAUUUAGAGGUGCUAGCAAAACUUGUAAUGAUAAGCAGAAAUGUUAGGAUUGUCUCGACAGUUAUAUUUGCUUUGCCCCUUAAAUUUUUAAAUGACUUGGUGUUGAGUUU